AUGACCACUCCAAAUUCCGAUACUCCUCCGACCUUAGAACAGCAGGUCAGUGGUUCUAGCAGUGUUGAUAUUGACACAUCAAUUCCUGUUCGAGGACCUGAGCAUAUCUGUGACGAAGAAGGCCCUUGGGCUCAAAAGACAGUCUUGACUUUCGGUAAUAACCUAUCUAAGACAAGCGAGACUAUACCUGACUAUAAUAUUAUAGAUGGAGGUGGCAUCCGUGGCUACGCAAGUCUUCUGGUACUCAAGCAUAUUAUGACUACGAUACGCACAUUGAAACGUCAACCCCCAGACCCGGCUCUCAGUAGUAGAUAUUACUCCUGGAUGGGACCGAGCAGUAACAGUUCCGCCGAAGCGAACCAAGAUUCAGAAAGUGUUGAUGAUUAUCUUCCAUGUCACUAUUUUGACUAUAUCGCAGGAACUUCAACUGGCGGACUGAGUAGCAUAAUGCUGGGAAGACUACGUUUAUCUGUCGAUGAAGCUUUGGAUACAUACAAGGCAUUCGGUAACGCCGUGUUCGGAAAACCGAGGCGGUUUCACGAGCGUUCAAUUCUCUGGUGGCCGCGAGCAAAGUAUUCUUGUCGGAAGACCCGCGCCGCAUUUCAAGAUGCUAUCCACAAAGCCUUGAAGCGACAGCAUGACGGCGUGCCAGGUGAUACAGCAGUCCGCCUUCCCCAAAAUGCAGAUACCGAACCACUGAAAUACAGGGAAGAUCGAACCCGGACUAUCGCUAUUUCUUGGCUUAUUAAUAAAGACACUGGUGUUAAUAAGCAGUUCGUGUGGAGGAGUUACGACCAUCACUUGAGUUCCACGUCAACGAACUCCAAGUCCUGGACCCCACCUAAUACAGGGCCUGCUCACACAACAGCAAUCUGGGUGGUGGCCCGCGCUACGACUGCAGCACCAGUAUACUUUGAGUCAAUCAAGAUUGGAAGAUUGAAGUUUCUAGACGGAGGUAUGGUAGCAAACAACCCUUCAUUGACCGUUCUUCGAGAGGUUCGCAGACUUCAUAACGGAGUUCCAGCCUUGUUCGUCAGUAUCGGAACGGGUUUGAAGGUUACAGAUCCCGGACCAAACGGAGAAUCAGAGGAAGCAACGGCAACAACAGAUGAUAGUCGACACAAGCAGUUCCUAAAGAAAUAUUCCGAAAUCCUGGAGCACUGGAAGAAAUGGAUGGUGGACUGUGAGGGAGACAAUGGGACGAACGGUUGGAAUUCAGAAUGUGAGGCCAUUGAGCUCACUCACCAUCCUCACCAUCGAAUGCAUCGAUACAGACUCAACGUCAAAGGAAAACUCCAUACCAUACCUCUUGACGACUGGCGACCCUGUGACACAGGAGAAGAUACCCUAAGGUUUAUACAGAAGCAAACCGAAGACUAUCUCAAUGAGGAGUCGGUGGCUGACGAUAUUAACAUGAUUGCCCAAAGAGCAGUGGAUAUCAGACGCCGACGUGCUGCGAUGGAGCAAUGGGAACGGUUUGCAGUGGAUGUAACGUAUCGAUUGAGGUUCUGGUAUGUUAGAAGUGUUGUGACUAUAUCGACCAACACUUCGGUUCAAACCACUCGCAUAGCAAACCUCAUGGCCUCAGAAAGAGAUGACGACUCAACCGCUGCAGAUCAAGCCGCGAAAUGA